AGAAACCAGUCAAGCACGACGUAUAAGUAAUUGAUUUGACGGAACCAAGAUAGCAGUGGCCAUUGUAACAUGGCGUCAGCAGUGAACGGUGUGUUGUUGGUCUGUCUGUGUGUGGGACUGGUUUCAUUCGUUGAUUCCGAAUGUCCAAGAGCCAGCAGUUAUGGUUUCUGGGUGGAACAUAACAACGACGGGCGCUGUAUUUUGAAGUGUGAUGACGGAUACGAACCCUCAGGCUGUCAUGUACUACGAUACUCACACAACGAAAGGAAAUGGAACCACGAUGUCCCUACUUGUGAAAGAAAGUCUCUUGUGUCUGGGAAGACUGUAGUAGCAGUGGGAACUGGAGUAGCGGCUGUCCUAGCUGUCCCCGCUGUUUUAGCGGGAGCUGGGUUUACAGCAGCAGGGGUAGCAGCUGGGUCCAUAGCUGCUAUGCUACAGGCCCCGUUUACAGCGGCGGGUAGCUGGUUUGCUUUAGCACAGAGUGCUGGUGUUGUUGGGACGGCUGCUACCACUAAAGGGGCAGUGGCGACAUUGACAGGGGCGAUAACCUAUGCGACGUCCUCUGCGUUCUCCAAUUGUGAAGAAGAAUAGCUGGAUUAUGGCGUGUUUGCUGUGAAAGCUUAAGGUCAAGAUCUAGUAAAUGAUUCCAGAGUGUCUUUUUGGUGCUAGAACCAUUAUGACGUAAUAAUUGAUUUGAAGAGUCUUUUCCCCAUACUUUACGGCUUUAAAGGAAUUAUGAAGAAAAUUAAACAAUUUCUUGGCAUUUUAUGUUAAAUCAUGGGAAAAGUAAUCCCGGUACCUAUAUUCAAUUUGACAUCAUUUUAAAGGGGAGGUCAAAAGCUUGUUUAAUGUCGUUUUUGGAGAGACUGUAGGCUUUCUAGAUAUAUUUCAUUUGUCAAAAAUAGACAAAACUCCAAGAUUUGUUACUUUUUUCCUUUAUAAUUCAUAUAAAAUGCUUGUUUAAAACAUGAUUUUUCAUUGUGUUUACCAAACAUUUAAGUCCCAGUAUAAACUAUGAAACAAAGCUAUUAUUAUGAAGCAUCAUUAAAAGAUUUUCUACCUUGAAUGACAUAAACCUGUAGGCAACUUACAUUUACUAGAUCUUGACCUUUAGCGAAUUCAUUAAAUCUUUAUAAAGACACUCACGAAUUUAUUGCUCUUGGUUUCGUUCGUAUUCUUAAUUUUACUUUUUUGACAUUCUAAUAAAAAGAUUCUACAAUUAUA